CGUCAAAUCAUCCAUCUCCGCGAUCAAAACAAAAAAAAAAUAAGAAAAAAAAGUUCUUCCAUCCCGUUCUACAAAAAAUUCCCCCGUCAUUUCGGUUUCGGUCCUUCAACUUCGUUCCCGCAACUGUGGCUUCAAUCAAUCAAACUGGAUUCCAACAAGCAGUACGUGUCGCGAUUACUUCGCGGCUACCGGAGGCUUAAGAAAUUAUUCAAGCGUGUGGCGAACCAGGCGCUUACCGUUUCGCCACAGCCGGCAGUAACGGUGGAGGGGCCGGUGUCCAAAAUGUCUCCACCGACGAACGACGUGAACAACGGUGUGGUAGCGUCUCCUAGCACCCUGGCGCCUCGGGUUCCACCGACCACGAACCCGUCCCUCACCAACCCACCGACGCACAAGCGUACCCCGAAGGAUUUCAUCUUCGGCAAAGUGAUCGGCGAAGGAAGCUUCUCCACCGUUUACAUUGCCAAGGAUAUCCACACCAGCAAGGAGUACGCGAUUAAGGUGUGCGAUAAGAGUCAUAUAAUCAAGCAGAAGAAGACCGAGUACGUGAAACGCGAGAAGGAGGUGCUGAACAUGCUCGCGGACGCCAAGCACUCGUUCGUGCGACUGUUCUGCACCUUCCAGGACGCGGAGAGACUAUACUUUGUCAUGUCGUACGCUAAGAACGGCGAGCUCUUGCCUCACAUCAACAAGGUGGGCUCCUUCGACAUCGAAUGCACCAAGUUCUACUCGGCCGAGAUCCUACGCGGUCUCGAGUAUUUGCACGGGCUCGGUAUCAUUCACCGAGAUCUCAAGCCGGAGAACAUCCUGCUGGAUGAUAAGAUGCACGUGCUCAUUACCGACUUUGGCUGCGCCAAGAUCCUCAAGGACGAUCCAGAGACGCCCGCGGACGCGGACGCUCAACAGCAACAGCGUUUUAGGGAACGCAGCGGCUCCUUCGUCGGUACCGCUCAGUAUGUGUCACCAGAGCUACUGAUCAACAAUAGCGUGAGCAGAGCGUCCGAUCUCUGGGCCCUGGGCUGUCUUGUCUACCAGAUGGUCGCUGGCCUGCCGCCUUUCCGUUCGAGGAGCGAAUACGUGAUGUUCCAGAAGAUCCUGAAACUCGAGUAUGAUAUCCCGGACGGUUUCUGCGAGUUGGCCAGGUCGUUCGUUAAUCAGCUUCUCGUUUUGGAACCGACGCAACGAUUGGGCGCUCUGGACGAGCAUGGCGCUGGUUAUCCCAGCAUCCGGGCGCAUCCCUUCUUCGAGGGCGUCGACUUCGAAACCCUUCACGAGCAGACACCGCCUCCUAUUUAUCCAUAUUUGCCCGGCACGUCGGAACGAGGAGAGUUGAGGUCGCAAUACAGGAUACCUGACAAUCUCGAACCCGGUCUGGACCAUAAACAACUCGGCAGACUUCUCUGGAUGAAUACCGAUGACUCCGAUGAUGACAACAGUACUGGCGCAGAGCAACGCGCUGUUAACGCGUUCUUCAACGAGAUAAUCGGAAGCGUGAACAAGCCACUGAGGAGGUGCACUAACAACAGAUCCGACGGUGGCGCUAACAUCGCCAAUCUGACACCGGAACAGAUCAGGAUGCGACUAGAGAAGCAGCGCACCACGAAUCAGUGGCACUCUUUCGUCGAGGGCAAUCUUAUAUUAAAACAGGGCUUCGUCAAUAAGAGGAAGGGCCUGUUCGCCAGACGGAGAAUGCUCCUCCUUACCACCGGACCACACCUAUACUACGUCGAUCCCUUCAAUAAUGUUCUCAAGGGUGAGAUACCCUGGAGUCCAGAACUGAGGGUCGAGCCAAAGAAUUUCAAGAUCUUCUUCGUCCAUACGCCAAACAGGACAUACUAUCUCGAAGAUCCCGAGGGAUUUGCACUGGAAUGGUGCAGAGCAAUCGAGGAGACGCGAGUCCAUUGUUACGGCCUGCAGGAGAUGACCACCGCUUAAAAUGAAAACUGGAGAGAUCCAAAAGACAGAACACAUAAUAAGUGGUAAAGUCCGCGAGUGGUUAUCGUCAAGGUCGAUCUGUUCUCGACGAGAAGAACUGGCGAAUCGAUUGUUCACGUAUUAGUCCAUUGUAAAAAGUAGACUAGUAGACUUAUCGCGCGCAUUCUGAAUGGUGCGCGCUCUGUACAGUUUAUAGGCAGAAAUUCAUUAAGCAAAAAUUCCGACCUCCGUCAUCGAGAAUCACCGUCGCGCGGUGUUCAUUAUCACUUACGUUCGCUAUUUAUUGACGACCCUUUAGAGAAAAUCGCAUCAUCCACGCGCGAAAACCGCACGAUGCGCGAAGAAAAGACGGAGGAUUAGAGAAAUUUUUAGCCAAGGCUUCGGCUGUGUAAUUCGCAGCGCCUGUUGCCGUGUGACGUAACUCGCGUGAGAUCGAGGUCGCCCCGAGGGGCAGAAGGAAAAUAAAAUUCACGCACCUGUUUUCGAUGUUUACAAUUCUCGCGAUAUGCAUAAUCCGGAUUCCAUGCACGAGCAGAAAUUUUCACGCGAAUCGGCUUUCGAGGAAUAAAAUUAAAAAGAAAAGGGAAAAGCAAAAAACCGAAUCGUGUCC